CAGUCUUAUACUCCCUUGUUCAGCUUCACACGACAUCAUUAAACAAACACACCGCCCCAUCUACCAUCUCCAUCUGCAGAGGAGAGAGAAAUUCAUUCGUAGAGAGAGAACACAAAGGGAGAGAGAGAGAUGUGGGAAGCUGUGCUUCUUACCUUAGCGGCAACGGCCGGAAACAACAUCGGAAAAGUCUUGCAGAAGAAAGGCACCCUCAUUCUACCCCCUCUCUCUUUCAAGCUCAAGGUGAUUAGGACCUAUGCAUUCAAUAAACGUUGGGUCACAGGAUUUUUGAUGGAUAUUGGUGGUGCACUUUUGAUGUUGAGGGCAUUAUCUCUUGCUCCGGUCUCUGUUAUUCAACCUAUUUCUGGUUGCGGACUUGCUAUACUUUCCAUUUUCUCUCACUUUUACUUGAAGGAGCUAAUGAAUGUUCUAGAUUGGAUGGGAAUUGCACUGGCUGGAAUUGGCACAAUAGGAAUUGGUGCUGGAGGUGAAGAUCAGCAGACUUCUCCUAUCUCUAUCUUCCAUCUUCCUUUUCUCGCCUUUGUUGUAGUCAUCAUGUUUAUAAUUUUGAAUGGAUGGCUUCGUAUUUACAGACGGCAACGAAGAGAGCAAGAAUUGAUGCAAUCAGAAGUUGUUGAAGAAAUAAUUUACGGGCUGGAGUCUGGAAUUCUGUUUGGGAUGGCGUCUGUCAUAUCAAAACUCGGAUUUAUACUUUUGGAGCAGGGGUUUUCAACAAUGGUUCUUCCGCUUAGUGUAGCAAUAAGUAUAUGCUGCAGUGGCACAGGAUUUGUGUACCAGACUAGGGGUUUGAAGCACGGGAGGGCUAUUGUGGUUUCAACAUGUGCUGCUGUAGCAUCAAUUGUGACUGGCGUACUUGCAGGCAUGUUUGCCUUGGGUGAGCACUUGCCUACAGCUCCUGGAGCUCGCCUCUUACUGUUACUUGGAUGGUUACUUAUAAUUUUAGGAGUGAUUCUGUUGGUAAGCUCUACUAGGCUGGUGCGUUUCCUUCCAGGGUCAGCGAAACGGUCCGGUCGAAGUGGGUUGGAUAAGAGCUUCAGUGCCAAGCAAACGGAAUCAAUCCGAACUAGGGAUCCGAACCCUUGUGCCGUAAUUCAUACAAACACUUUGCAUCAUUUGUUAACGUCUACCACAAAGGAGAAAUCUUGAACAAUGGACAAACUUGUAUAUUCCAGUAUUAGUCUCGACAUUUCACAUGUAUGAAGAUCCUUCCUUAACAUGUACUAUGGUCUUAAUUUUGCGUCAUUGUUAUUGCGGUUCAAUUCUCGUCUUUGUCUUGGCAGGUUUACCAUCUUUAAAGGCUGUUUUUAAAAUCUCACAUUUCGGAUCCUUGGCUCAGAAUCCUUUGUUUAGCAUGUCUCAAUAUCACAUCUGAAUUCCCAUUAAUUUCCAUGUGAGAACUAUGAUAGUAUUGAUGAUUAUUAACUUCAUUGUCGUGAUUGUUUAUGUUGGCUAUAAGUUGUUGUAAGAUCUUGUUCUUACAUGUGACAAUUCAUUAAAAAAUUGGCAUGAAAAUAGUCAACUGAUCGAUA